AAAGAAAUCUUCCAUAUUAUUUCCUAAAUCUAUGCUUGAAAUUCGAGUGGCGAUGGGCUGUCUAGGAAGUGGGGAUGUGUCCUCCGCUUAGUGUUUGACUGUUUGGGUGAUGUAGAAUCCAGAGUGCACGAAUUUAAACAACAUACCGCCCAAACCAAAGGUGGGAAAAGUUUGUUUAACCCCAAAAAGAGAAAAAAGCUGGGAAUCACAUCGGCAAGCAAAACUAACAAUGCAGGCCAAGAUCAGCGCCUUCUUCAAGCCCAAAUCUCCUGACCCACCUUUGAUUUUUGACGAUUUGAUCGGCGACAAUGCCACAAAACCCACGCAAAUCCGCAUAACGUACGAGCGCAGAGCUCCUAAGCAGCAUAGCAGGGAUGAGAUUGAUGAAGGGUCAAUCUGUGAGACGCCGAAGAACCCCAUAUCGUCAUGUUCACCAUUGAAAUCAGCAUCGUCAAUUCCUGCUGGGAGAACCCUUAACAAGAAGAGAAGCUAUGCCCAGUUUCAUCUGGAGUUGGGGCAGUCAGAUUUUCUUUUGCGCACAUGUUCUACUUGUGGGACGAACUACGCUCCUGGAGACGAAGAGGAUGAGAAGAUUCACUGUACAUUUCACAAGAAUUAUACUCACGGAAUUCAGUUCAAGGGUUGGCGCAAUGAAAGGGUUGUUCAUAACCCCUCCAUCAAUGGCGGCCGAAUCAUUCUGGUUUUGGAUGGUGAUCCUCCCGCUCAAAGGAACAAGGUUCAAGAGGUAGUGAAGAUGAUGGAAAUUGAAUUGGGAAGUGGAUGGAUUUUUCAUAAGUUCUGCAAGACCUAUCUGUUUAUUUCUUCCCACAGAAUUGCUGGCUGUCUAAUUGUAGAGCCCAUAAAAAUUGCCUAUAAGGUUCUUUCAUGUUCAACGGAUGAAAGAUCUGAUGACACUACUACGAAGAAGGCAAAGUCAAACUUAACCACCCUCCAAUUUGGGAAUGUUAUUUUCCAGAGGGAAGUCGUGAGAAGAACCGCUUCUGUUAAUAGCCAAGAGGUGUCGGGUGGGAACCUUAAUGGAGCAAUCUUCUGUGAAAAUGAAGGUUUACCUGCUUUAUGUGGAAUUCGAGCCAUUUGGGUCUCUUCUUCUAACAGGAGGAAGCACAUUGCCACCCAAUUAUUGGAUGCUGUGAGGAAAAGUUUUUGCACAGGUUUUGUACUUGAACGCUCUCACUUGGCAUUCUCUCAGCCAACCUUAGCUGGAAGGGCAUUGGCAUCCAAUUACAUGGGCAGUGGGUCUUUCUUGGUGUACAAAAGUACUAAUUUGGACCGCUAGAAUGAUGCAGGAACCCUCGCAUAUUUGACACCGUACCCAAGCGUCGACAUGGUGCGCCGCUUUGGGGCGACGACCUAGCCCACCCUCGCCCACUUUUUGCUACACCCGGAUGGUACAAGUGCAACAUGUCGCUCGUAGGGGACAUCCUAGCAAAUAUUUGGUAAGGAUUUAUAUCAUAGUGAUCUAACAAAUUUUACGUUGGCUGUCGGCUACCUAACGCAGCCCUCCUCUAUUACCCGGGCUUGGGACCGGCUGUGUGUGAAAAAAAUUAGGACAUUAAGUGCAUAACAGGCGGAGUUAAGCUUAUUAUGAUAUCUACAAAGAUACGCCACAGCAAGUGUGCAAAGCUCCCACGCGUUAUAAGGGGUUUGAGGGCAUGAUGUGUGCAGCCUUACCUACACAAUUGGAGGGGCUGUUUUUGCGACUUGGAACUUGUCACCUUCUAGUUUGAGUGUAACACCCAUAUCACUGGGUCAAGGUGUAACAUUUUCUAACAUUUAAUGAUAAGUGAUAUAUCAAUAUUCACACAUUUAAAUUUUAUACUUUUCAAGAUAAAACUUAUGACCUUUGCAAUGUGAGAUGUCUUUAUUAAGAAUCAGUCUGUCAAGGUUGUGCUUAUUAUCCAAUCUUGGCAUGCUAUUAUGGGAUUGGGAUUAGGCCGAUGGUAGUCUACUGGUAU